UCAGUGCGACCGGCUUCACGCUCCUCAUGUGACUCCGGUCUGCGGAGCUGAAAAUCAUCCGCUAAAGGAGCGAAUAAAGCGCAGAAUCUGCGGGUUUGGGGGUCUUUGACGCGGCCGGGGGGCGUGGGCUCCGCUCAGAGCUGAGGUUUGGUGUUAAAAGGCCGGGUUUCUGUGUUUUGGUGCUCAUGGCUGGCAGGAAGGUGGCGGUGGUGGUUCAGGGCGAGGCCGAGGAGACGGACUCUGACUCGGACCAGGAGGUCUACAUCACCACGGCCAGACCCUCCUCAGGACUCACGGUUCCUGGAGAAGCUUCAGAGACCGACAGCGAGGGAGAAGCAGAGCCAUGGAGACCAGAACACUCCCAGAACCCCCUGCUGUUCCGGCCGGAUCUGCCUCCUCUGGUGGUCGCUCGCGGCCCUGAGGUGCUGUCAGAGCCUGGACCAGAUGAUGGGAGGUGUUUGAGGUUGGAACCUGCCGGACAGUCCACUCUGCUGCAGCAGAAGCUGCAGGAGAGCAACGCUCGGCUCUGCGCCGACGUUCAGCACAGCCUGAGGCUCCUGUACCAGGGAGCGUCCAGAGACAUCCGGACCGCCACCGCCCACCUGAACACCUCCCAGAACGGCAUCAUCAACACCUCUCACAGCAUCCGCCUCAUCCUGGAGGACCUCAGAGCCGUGUCCGAGAAGAUCGACAUCAUCACCAGCUGCAAGCUCCUGCCGGACAUCACCGCGCCCGGCCAGCUGGCCGCCUCUGGACCUUGACUGCUCUGGAGCCACUCCAGGUUACAGCUCUAAAGCGUGGAGUGGGUUUAUUACCAUGUUUGGGAAGCAGCAUCUCUGGAAUUAGGGCUCAGCGAUGAGGCUGAAAACGUAACAUCACCGCAGACAUUUCACGAUACGUCCCAGCAUCGAGCUGCAGAGUCCAGACGCGGUUCAUCAGAACAUCAAAGAGACUGUCAGACGUUUUGGGUCCGGUGGUUUUCAUACAGCGGUCACUAUAGACUUUCUGUUCCAGCUGAAACGGAGCAGCAGUCACAUUCUGGCUGCCAGCUGCUGAACCGUUUAAGGUGGAACAGAAAAUUAAAAUUUCUUUCCACUGUAUUGUGUUAGUUACACACCGCUGUCUUAAGUUGUGCACACUAUAAAAAGUGAUGUCCCACUAACUUGUGUUCCCCAUUUUAACACUUUCUGUAUCCGACUGCUCUCUGAUUUUCAUGUUGAAAGCACACUGUUCUCAGUAACUGGGCACAGAAAUGUCCCCACGUUCAGCGUUAAAGGGACUCACUGAUGCGUCUGAUGCGUGACCGAUGAGGGUUUUAGCACCCAUGCUUUAAGACUGCAGUGAGAUCUGCUCUCAGAUCAGCUCCUCGACAGCUGUAGACGGAGGAGCUGAUGACCUCCUCAUUCCGAGCGUCCAGCGUGCUGGAUGUUUUGACAUUUUGUGGCUCUACAGAAGCUCAUGCCUCUCCUCCCUCACCUUAAUGUGUCCCUACAGAACUCAGGCUUUAUAAUAGCCGCUCAUUUAUUAUUAUUUACUUAUUAUUAUUUUUUCAUGUCGUUAUAAAGAAAAACAAACAGGGCAGACGGUGAGAUGGACACUCCCGUCUUCCAAGGCCAAGCCAAACACAUCCUGAAUGAUCCUGGAUUUAUAUCAGAAGUGAUUCUGUAUGUUUGUCCUUCUGAACGGUCCCUUCAGUGAAAGUCCAGUAGGAAAGAGUCGAUAUUUGUUUCUGAUAAAGUUCACUGUUCACCGAUCUGGACGUUUGGAUUUCUGUUUGUUUUGGUAAAAGUCGAGUCGGAUGUGUUUCUAGGAGUGGCAGUAGACGAUGAUGUAUGUAUUUGGGUAUAAUAUUGUUUUUUUUUUAUUGAUUUUACUGAAAUGAAACACAAAAUCUGUAGGAUUUUGUAAAAUGAGCAUAUUUAUGAUCAUCAAGAUAAAAACCCGAACAACAAACUAAACAUUUCCUGCGUGUCAGAAAAGUUCUUUCUGUAUGUGACGCUGGAUUAAGGUGUAAACGGUACGUAAUGUGUAGUAUUACACAUGAUAUCAAUUAUGUACAGUCUUACAUAUAAAUCUGUUUAAAUCA